CGCUGGGCGAGCCGGGGGGAUGCGCGCCAGGGGCGUCUGCGCCGCGCGGGCGGGACGGACAGGUCGGCCCCGCGGGCCGUGGGGCCGGGGCCAGCCCUCGCCCCUUCGUGGGGAGGAAGCGAGGUCCCCGGGAGGAAGGAAUGGAUUUGGUUUCCCCGCAGUCGGGUGUACGCGUAAAGAAUGCAGCCAUCUGGCGGCUUGCGGUCCCUGGACUUGCCCCGAAGGUGGGAAGGAAGCCUUCUGGAUUGGACUAAGGUUGAAAUUGGGCAGAGAUUAGACACCUUUUUAGACAGGUGUCCUUGAUUACCACUGACAACACCGUUCUCAGAGUAUUUCAUGACAAUGGAUGGUGACAGUUCUACCACAGAUGCUUCUCAACUAGGAAUUUCUGCAGACUAUAUUGGAGGAAGUCAUUAUGUUAUACAGCCUCACGAUGAUACUGAGGACAGCAUGAAUGAUCACGAAGAUACAAAUGGUUCAAAAGAAAGUUUUAGAGAACAAGAUAUAUACCUUCCAAUUGCAAAUGUUGCAAGGAUAAUGAAAAAUGCCAUACCUCAGACGGGAAAGAUCGCAAAAGAUGCCAAAGAAUGUGUUCAAGAAUGUGUAAGUGAGUUCAUCAGCUUUAUAACAUCUGAAGCAAGUGAAAGAUGCCAUCAAGAGAAACGGAAGACAAUCAACGGAGAAGAUAUUCUCUUUGCUAUGUCUACCUUAGGCUUCGACAGUUAUGUAGAACCUCUGAAAUUAUACCUUCAGAAGUUCAGAGAGGCUAUGAAAGGAGAGAAAGGAAUUGGUGGAGCAGUCACAGCUACAGAUGGACUAAGUGAAGAGCUUACAGAGGAGGCAUUUACUAACCAGUUACCAGCUGGCUUAAUAACUGCAGAUGGUCAGCAACAAAAUGUUAUGGUUUACACAACAUCAUAUCAACAGAUUUCUGGUGUUCAACAAAUUCAGUUUUCAUGAUCUGAAGAAAUGAUGGGAUGAAGAGUGUAGAGAACUGAGUCUGUAUGAUUCCGGAACAGAGACGUUAGAAGGAACUGACUGGUGAAAAGAUGUCUCUUUGUAUAUUAAAUAGCUGUAAUGUAGCUUCCCAAUGCUUGACUAAUUGAGGUGUUAAUUCUGACUUGAGAAUCUUUUUCAUGAAUGAUUUUAAAGAAAAAUUUGGAUUUUAAAGGUAUUAAAAUAUUUUUGUUUUGUACGAGAGUUUGUUGCUCUGUAUGACUCCUGUAUGCAUUGUAUAUUGCAAUUUAUUACUGUCAGAGAUUUGUAGACAGUUUCUUAUUUUCAUAUUGAAUCAUGUUACUUUUGUAAUAAUUCAAGUAAGCAGCUGGGUUAAUUCAUGAUGUUUGCCCUUUUAAUAAAAUAAAAGGGUAGAGUUCAUUUUGAAUGCAAGUUGCCUUUAUUAUAAAUUUGAGUUUGUCUUGGUUAUAUAAUAUCUUGCAUGAUAACCUAGCUAGAUUUUUAGCGUUUGCCAUAUUUAUUAAAAUUAAUUUUUUUUGUAAAACAUUGAUAGCUUAAGCAGCACCAUUUUUUAAAAAAAAUGUAAUUGAGAAAUUAAGUGUGAAUGCAGAAGCAAAUAUUGUCUGCCCUAUUCAACUUGGUGCCCGUUAACAGUGUUUACACUGUUCAUUGUGCCUGUUAAGAUAGUUCUAGUUUAUUGGAGCUUUUGUUAAGACUAGAUUUGUUUUUGAGUUACAUUAUUAUGAAUGUUGGAAUUCAUUUAAGUUUACUGUAGUCCUAGUGCUCUUGAAAUGGUGCCCCUUUCAUUUUGUAUAUGAUUUUUCCAAAGCAUAUCUUCAAAUACUAUAUAGUAUCCUCUUCCAGAAGAGGAAUUUUGUAGUCUGAUGGUAAAUGUCCUCAUUUUACCUUUUUAAUUGAAAUGUCAAGUUUCCUGUUAUACUAUGGGAACCAGGAAAUGUCAGACAUCAUUGUGUGUAUACAGACCUUUUUUUGCAUGGGUGAGUGAAUGAAAUGAAGAGCAGAAUGAGUGCUGUGAAUGGUGUGAAAGAAGUUGCCAACUUCUAGUGUGCUGUCUUGAUCUUUGCAAUAAACUAAAUUUAGAUAAUGUAACUUUGUAUAAUUUACUAGUAUUGUACUUGAGUUGUUUCCUUUUUUAAAGUGAGGAUUUAUAUUUUCUCACCUAUUCUUUUUGGUGAUAAUUGAGUUGCUUUUUUUUUUUUAAUCAACAAUUGCUCCUGUAUAGUUUGCCUAAAAGGCACUUUGAGUGAAUGUCAUCUUGGAAGGACACUCAAAUUUAUAAGGGAGAAGCAAUUUCCCAGAUACAAGCUGGACAGAAACAUUUACUUUGCUAGAAGGAGCUUUUGCGGGCACAACUGGGGUAAUCUGAAGUUAAUAACUCCCUCACUACCUUCCCAUGUAAAAAAUAAUCUUCAUUACAGAAAAUUCAAAUAGGCAAAAAAGGGUGGUUAAGCAAAAUCAACCAUCAUCCUACUAUGUUAAAAAUAACCAAUGUUAAUAUUUUGGUAAAUAUGAUUUGUCCUUUUACUUUGCUAAAUAUGUAUAUUUUUAUAAAAAUGGGCUCAAACUUGCAUACUGUUUUGUAACAUGCUUUUUUCACUUAACAAUAUAUUGUGAACAUCUUUUCCAGGU